AUGGGCGACGCCGAAACCGAAACCACACCGCCGCCUUCAGACGACGACGAAGACAUCGGCUCGAACAAAGACAAGGACGAGGUCAUGGAGGAAGCGAACGAGCAGGACGCAGACGAGCCUCUGUACGUGCUGCUCGUCGCCGUUGCGAUACUCGUGCUACUGCCAACCGGCGCCUAUGGCUUUGGUGCGGGCAACAUCGCGAGUAUCUCAAAAAUUGAAGGCAAGAACUGGCGUCAUGGCGACAUCGAAGACAUGCUCGCGACGGUCGCUUGCUUGAAAGGGCACAAGUGGAAGAGUAAUAUGAUAAAGCGUGUGUACUUUGGCAACUGGCUACGCGAUUACUCACAGGCUGUUGAUGUUGGAACGUUGGCCAAGGUCCAAGGAGAAACCAUCCGCGUUCUGGUUUGGGUUUUGUCGUUUAUGUCUUUUGGCUAUGCGACUGGAGAGUUCGAGGUUACAGCCGAGAGACUAGGUGUCUAUAGGCCCGAGGAGCACAUUGAUAAUCCAAAGGAUUAUGCCGACAAUGAGGACGCACGAAAAUACGACCCUCGUCUGCGAGGUCCCGUUUCAGAAGCUGAGCUCGCAGUAGAUCCAAACACCGGUAUGAAGAACUAUAUCGCGAACGAGCAUGGUAACUGGGCUACAUCAACCGGAUAUGUGAAAUACUCCUUUGCGCGCGCCAUCCAUUUUGGUCGACUUUAUACCCACGGAUCAUCAGGUCAACGCGGACGAGACGAGGACCUAUCAGAGGCGCUUCGCUGUCUAGGCCAAGGACUGCACUGCCUCGAAGAUUUCGGAGCCCAUACCAACUAUACUGAGCUUGUACUGCGCGAGCUUGGUUACCAUAAUGUCUUUCCUCACGUGGGAGUACAAGCUGGCAUCAACCUUCGUGGAAAGCACACUUAUCCGCUCGUGACGGGCACAUUCGGAGGUGUUGACUUCUUCCAUUCAGUACUCGGAGAGGCCAAUGACCAUAUUACGCAGACUGAGAUCGACGAGGUGAACACUGCUCUCGUGGAUGCAGUGUCUGGUGGUGCUAAUGGACAGAGAAGUGGACCUGGAGGCCAGUCCAACGCUUGCGGUGGACUGAUAGAUGUUCUGAGCAAAGUUCCCGGUACUGGCGAUCUCAUCAGACAAGCGCAGGAUCUACAGGCCUCAUCAGAUGCGCAGGCUGCGGCCAAUGCGCGCGGAGGUUACGGUGACUAUAGUUCAUCGAGAGCUGGACCUAAUACCUUUGAUGCACCACCUGGAUCUAUGGGCGGACCACCAGGACCGGACAUUCCAGGAACGAACACCGAUCCAGCCACCAUUAUUCCUAAGAUCUACCCUAUCCUAGUCUUCCGCGAUAAUGUUGUACGCAGCAUCUCGGCCAUCAUCUCCAAGAUUCCUGGCCUUGAGAAACUGAUCGAGACCAUCACCGAGCGCGUCACUCUAUUUGUGCUAUCACUUCUUGCACCCUUCAUCCUACCGAUCAUCAAGACAGCCUCAUCCCAGCUGAAGAGUGGUUCUUCUGCUGUCAUCGACUCAGCAGCCAAGCAUCAGUUUGAGGUCUGGACAGACCCUACAUCUACCAACCCAACACACAGCAUGUUGUCCAAGGACCACUUCUCGAACGUCUUGAACCCGCCAGCCGGUCAAGUCGCCGUGGCGAUCUUGCAGUAUGUCGCGCCUCGCGUCAUAUACGCUUGGGACCACCCAGAUGUUCCUGUCGACGAGGUCUUGAACGACUGCAUGCGUGUUUUCCAUCACCCAGCACUCCGAGACCCGCACUGCGAGGUACACAACAACAUGUUCAAAGUUGUUGAGCAAUGGGCCCGCAACUACCACGGCAAAGACUUGAACCAAAUUCUGUCUUCUGAAUCAGUAAAGGCUGGACACAACCACAGCGGUGACCACGAUCACUCUACUGGUCACAGCCAUGGUGCGGUAAACAUGUCGAGCUUCGGAGGCCAUAGCCAUGGCAGUGGCGGUGGCCACGGAGGUGGCUACCCGGGCCAACAACAGUCCAGCGGUUCCAGCGAUCUCCUCGGCUCCCUGACCAGCAAGCUUCCCGGUCCUCUCGGCGGUAUGCUCAGUAGCUUCAGUAGUAGCUCUGGAAAAACUCGCGACAUGGACGAUGACUUCUCAGCCUCCUCGUCCGCAGCACCAGCACCAUACCAGCCGUCGCCAUCACCGCAACCCUCGCAGUGGGCUGGUUUCCAACCUUACCAGUCCUCCUAUGCAGGCGAGGCUUACCAGCCGCCUGCCGAGUACAGCAACGCAGUACCUUCUGGUGGGUACGGAUGGGGUCAGGGUCAGUACUCUGGAGGUCAGGGUGCGGAGCCUAGCUAUACUGUUCCGACAAACUACCAGCAGGGUUACGAGAAUUACAACCAUACACAGGGAGGUUAUGGCCAACCACCAGCUCAACAGCCACCUCCAGGAUCUUAUGGUGCGUAUGAUCAGGGUGGUGCCUAUGGCCAAGGUCCGUCAGAAGGUAGUGGGAGGCAGUGGGGCAGCGGCGGGAAUUCAGGAUGGUAA